AUAUAGGUUCAUAUAAAUUAUUAAAAUAUGGUCCAAGGUGAAGAAUUUUAUUGUCGUUAUUAUGUGGGACAUAAAGGAAAAUUUGGACAUGAAUUUCUAGAGUUUGAAUUUAGACCUGAUGGUUUGUGUCGCUAUGCAAAUAAUUCAAACUACAAAAAUGAUGUUAUGAUUCGAAAAGAGGUUUAUUGCUCCAAAAGUGUUCUUGAAGAAGUAAAGCGCAUAAUUGAUGAUAGUGAGCUUCUGAAAGAAGAUGAUGCAUUAUGGCCGACACCAGACAGAGUUGGACGUCAGGAACUAGAGAUAGUGAUGGGUGAUGAGCAUAUUUCUUUUACUACUUCAAAAAUUGGAUCGUUGAUUGAUGUUAACCAAUCCAAAGAUAUCGAAGGUUUAAAAUGUUUUUACUACUUAGUUCAAGAUCUGAAGUGUUUAGUAUUUUCGUUAAUUGGGCUUCAUUUUAAAAUCAAACCCAUAUAAAUUACACUAUUUUAAAAAAAACUUUUGGAUAUUAUUGGAUCGUCUUGGAUGUCGCAAAUUUUACUUGCUUUUGAUGCAGUUCUGUAUAUUGUUUUAACAGAAAGUAAAUAAGCAAUAUAUUUAUUAA